CCAAGAAAACAAAAGACUCACUUGUCACUUCAUGAUGUCCCACUCCUACCAGCACUCACAACCACAACAAAGACUGUUACAAUCUCAAUACAAUCUAAACAAACUUGAUGAACAAAUUAUCAAUAUUAAUAUUCCUGAAAAGUCCCUCUCAACUUCUCAAACACUUCACAAACUCACCUCAACUGCAACAACAACAACAACAUCAACACGCUCUAGCUUCUCUUUCUUUGACACCAAGCAUUAUGAAGAUGAAGAAUUUCAUAGCCCUACAUACCCUGCUUUCCCCUGUUGUUUUAAUAUUGUGUCUAAUUCUAAGCGCUUCGUGUUUGGCUCGGUUUCUUCCAUGGAUCAUACUCAACUAGAUCAUUUCUCAUCACCUAAUUCUCCUUCUCAAAAUAAUAUUACAAAAAAGAAAAUUAACGGACUGCAAAAGAAAGAGGAACUUGAAAGAGAGGUUACUAUGCUUCAAAAGUUGUUAGACAAAGAAGAAAAGGUUCAUAAAAUAUUAGAUAUGGUGAAUACUAGACCAAACGGUUCAACUAUAUCUAUUCCCAAUUUUCUUCCUUCUAAGAUGAGAGAAUUGUUAGGAGAGCUAGCCAUGGUUGAGGGUGAGAUAGCAAGACUUGAAUCCCAAAUUAGCACACUUCAAGCUGGUUUGAAACAUGAACAAGAAAUCACAAAAGAAUCAAAGUCAAAAACAUGGAAUCAAGGGAAUUUAAUCAACAAUUCUAACUACAAUCAUUUAACAACUUCAACAAUUACAAAUCCUAGUUUUGUUCAAAGAAGUAAUAGUAAUGUUCAUGAAAGGAUGGCAUUUGACACCAAGGCAUUGCAUUUCAUAAGUAAAGCCAUCAAGGGUGAUUAUAAUCUUAAUGACUUUAGUCUUAAUGAGAAAACAGGAAUUCCUAAAAAUUCUGUUGAGCAGAAAGAAAAUAAUUUUCAGGAAGAUGUGAAAUUUCAUGAAAGAGUUACAAGGAAAAAUGGAGCAGUUAAGCCUCCCUCGCCUAUGCGAGACCCACGCCAUCCAUCACCUAAGCUGCGCGAACGUAAUCUAGACAUGUACUUAGAUCUCCCAACAAGAUCACUACUUGAUCCACUUCUAUCAGAAGAGAAUGACCUAAAGUGGCAACCAAACAAGCUAUCAGAAAGCAUCAUGAAGUGUUUGAAUUUCAUUUAUGUAAGACUACUCAGAACAUCAAGAGCAACGGAAUUGGAAAAAUCAGGACCAGUUUCAAGGUCUUUGCAUUCUUCGUUAAGCUCAAGAAGUUUCAGGGUCGAUAUAGGAUCAACCCCGAAACCAAGUCUUAUGUUGCAGAAAGAAUCUCGGCAACAAGAUCCAUAUGGUAUUUUUAAUACAGAAGAGUUUAUUCCAAGGGAUAUUGGCCCUUAUAAGAAUUUGGUCAUGUUCACAUCAAGUUCUAUGGAUCCAAAAUUCAUCUCAAGUCCUUCCUCUAUUCCAUUACUACGAAAGUUAAGGAUCUUGAUGAGCAAUCUUCAAACAGUUGAUUUGGAAGGCCUAACAAAUCAACAGAAAUUAGCAUUCUGGAUCAACUUGUACAAUGCUUGUAUCAUGCAUGGAUUUAUUCAAUAUGGAGUGCCAUCUACCCCAGAAAAGUUGGUUGCAUUGAUGAACAAGGCAACCCUCAACAUAGGUGGCAACAUAAUAAAUGCUCAAGCAAUAGAGCAUUUUAUUUUAAGGAAAAGAGACACUUCUAACAUGAAAGAGGCACAAAGGAAGGGGGAGUGGGAAGAGAAAGAAUCAGUUGUACGUGAGCUUUAUGGGCUUGAAUUUGUGGAUCCAAAUGUCACAUUUGCUCUUUGUAAUGGAACUCGUUCUUCUCCAGCAGUAAGGAUAUACACAGGUGAUGGUGUAACAUCUGAAUUAGAGAAAUCAAAGCUAGACUACUUUCAAGCUUCAAUUCUAGCUACUAGCAACAAAAGGAUAGGGUUUCCAGAACUCCUACUCAGAAACAUGGUUGAUUUUGCUAUGGAUAUUGAGUCACUAGUGGAUUGGGUGUGCAACCAGUUACCUACUUCAGGAACACUAAGGAAAUCAAUGGUUGAAUGCUUUAGAGGUCAUGGUGGUGGUAAUGUCAAGGCCUCAACUAUUGUUGAAAAGAUACCUUAUGACUAUGAAUUCCAAUAUUUGUUGACCAUAUAAAUGUGUAUGUUUUUUAUUUCUUUUCACUUGUUACAAAGUGUGUACAAAAUAUAUUUACAAGGAUUUUGAAGUAUCUAGCAUUGUCCCCUUCUUUAGUUAAGGACUGAAGGAGGCUCCAUCUAUUGUAACUAGUGAUCUAAUUGAGUAUAAUAAGAGUCACAUUAAAAUCAAAA